UUCUUCUCACCCCUGCCAGUUUGAAGUGUAGACGAAUAACGUACCCACUGCCCCAUCAUAGCAACCAACCUCGUUCCACAAUGUCCCAAGCAUCCACCAAAGAACUGCGCUUACCCAAACCAGCCGACGUUGAGGGCAGCGUGCAUCACACUUCGGCCCAUGAUGACUAUACCUCAGCGCAGGCGCAACUGAAUCAAAUCUACGCUGGCGCAAUCUCAGGCGCUUUAACACGCUCCUUAACGCAACCGUUCGAUGUAUUGAAAAUACGUUUUCAGCUGCAAGUCGAGCCGCUCUCAAAACACACGAAAAGCAAAUACACCUCGCUAUGGCAAGCCAGCAAAUUAAUCUAUCACGAGGAGGGCUUGCGUGGACUCUUCAAAGGACACAAUGCCGGCCAAUUCAUGAGCGUCGUCUACAGUGCCGGUCAAUUCUGGUCCUAUGAACAAAUACGCGCUAUUAUGCGCGACACGCCCUUCAUGUCGACGCACCACAACGUCAUGAACUUCAUCGCUGGCGGUGUUGCCGGCUGUGUGGCGACCAUUUUCUCCAUUCCCUUUGAUGUGAUACGCACACGCUUAGUGGCACAGGAUCCGGGGCAGGGCUAUCGCAAUAUGUUGCACGCCAUACCGAUUAUUUGGCGCACCGAGGGCGUACGAGGCUACUUUCGCGGCCUGCAUCCGACGCUGGUGCAGAUUGUACCACUUGUGGGCUUCAAUUUUAUGUUCUACAAAAAAUUCAAUGAAAUGAUGGUGCACACACGCUUGGCCAAGGACGAUUUGCUGCCCACCUGGGUAUUGUUGUGCACCGGUGGUGCAGCUGGAGUGGCGUCCAAGGCGGUCGUCUAUCCGUUGGACUUCAUUAAGAAGCGAUUGCAAGUGCAAGGAUUCGAACACCAUCGCACCAAAUUUGGGCGGACGCAACGUUGUCAUGGUGCUUUCCAUUGCAUACAGCUGACUAUGAAAGAGGAGGGCGCCAUGGGUUUCUACAAGGGCAUGUAUCCGACGCUGAUCAAAUCCGGUUUGAUGACUGCCUUCUACUUUACCAUCUAUGAUAGAUGCAAAUUACUACUCUACCGGUACUAUAAUCUCGGUGAAGGACGUACACCGUCCUCAAAGACAUAAAGACAUAGAGCAUAAAGCGGUGGUGAAGUGUAGAAGUGGAGUAGAUGAUCGAUGAGCUUUUGUUAUUUAUCAAUUGGAUCGGCUCGACUGAGGUGUAUGUAAAUUUGGCUGCGGUGUAACGCUGCAGAUGAAGAGUAUACACCUUUACUUACUUAUCCAUACCUCAUUAUUAUAUACUCUAAGAGCAUAGAAUAUAGAUUGGUUUAACGUUUAAGAGGCAAAAACCCCAAAAGAAACUGCUAAUUGUAUAAAAUUGAUUAACAUUUAAGCGAUAAAGAUUGUGACUACCACAAAAGAUAUUGUGUUAAAAAUACGCACACAAACAUACAUAUUUAAUUUUAAAAGAAAGAAGAAAAGAAUGCUUAAGCAGGGAUCACGAUUUGCACAUUCGUACCUUUUGGCAGUCACGGAAUUGGUGUUGUCUCGAAAGUUUUAUCGAGUAUGAUUUCAGUUCAAUAAAAAAAAAAUCCAAACAACCCCACUAUGUAACUGCUGAAAUGUACAAAUUGUGUGAUCCCUGCUUUACUUUGAGCGAUUCUCAAUAUGUUCCCAAUUAUGUAAAAGUGCAGUAUACCGCCAGUUUAUUAGACGCAUAGUGUUGCUUAAUUAAAUGAUUAUGAGUGUUCGUCGCUUUCUACGGAUUAUCACGAUUUUGUCAAAUCGCGUUCGUGCAGACCAAAAAG